AUGUCUUUAGUCAACAUAACCAACAUUGUUAUUGAUGAUAAGCCAUAGCCUUUCGAUAGUCCAAUCAAUAUUGACAUUUUCUUUGAUGUCAUAGUUGACAUUGAGGAUGAAAUCGAAUGGAUGCUUCUCUUCAUUGGCUCACCUAAAGAUGAGUAACAUGAUCAGAUACUUGAUUAGUUCUCAAUGGGACCUCUUUAAGCCGGAGCUAAACAUUUUACUUUAGAAUGCAAUCCUCCUGAUUGGCAAAAAAUUCCCCAAAACGAAUUACUGGGUAUCACAGCCUUCAUCCUCACGUGUUCCUACAGAGAAAAAGAAUUCUUUAGAGUUGGUUACUAUGUUUACACUACCUAUACCUCUCAAGAGAAUAUAGAGAACGAUCCCCCUAAAAUUAUUAUAGAAGAUAUUUCACGUUAAAUCUUCAAUAAUAAACCCCGUAUAACUCGAUUUGAAAUCGAUUGGAAAGGGAAUAAUUAAAAUUAAACUACGUCUGAACAAAUUGAUAAUAAAUAAUUUAUGUUCUAAGAACAACAAGAAAAAUAGUCAGCCGAUGUGACUGAGGUCGAAGAUCCAUAACUAAUUCAAAAUGUAUUCGACUCCUGA